CAGAUCCCAUCUCCAAAGCAAAUGGCUGUGGAAAACGACUCUUCAGUGACAGAGUUCAUUCUUAAGGGACUGACAGACCACCCCGGGCUCCAACUGCCCCUAUUCUUCUUAUUCUUGCUGAACUACAUGGUAACCGUGGUGGGAAACUUGAGCUUACUGAGCCUUAUUUGCCUGGACUCGCACCUUCACAACCCCAUGUACUUCCUCCUUUUUAAUCUGUCCUGCAUCGAUUUCUGCUAUUCAUUUGUCUUUACCCCCAAAAUGCUGAUGGGCUUCAUGUCAGCGAGGAACACCAUCUCCUACCCCGGGUGUAUGACCCAGCUGUUCUUCUUCUGCUUUUUCGUCAAUUCGGAGUGCUACGUGCUGACGGCCAUGGCGUAUGACCGCUACGCGGCCAUCUGCCAGCCCCUGCAGUACACGGUGCUCAUGUCCCCCAGGACCUGUGCUGUGCUGAUGGCGGGGUCCCACCUGCUGGGGUUAUCUGGCGCCAUGGCUCACACGGGGUGCAUGGUCAGGCUCCACUUUUGCAAUUCCAGCCCCAUCGACCACUACAUGUGUGACAUCUUCCCCCUCCUCCAGCUCUCCUGCAGCAGCACCUACGUCGACGAGCUCAUGACUUCCGUUGUGGUUGGUACGAUUGUCAUUUUAUCCAGUCUGGUCAUCUUGAUCUCCUAUGCCUUGAUUCUCUAUAAUGUUAUCCACAUGUCCUCAGGGAAGGGCUGGUCCAAAGCACUGGGCACCUGUGGCUCUCACAUUGUCACAGUUGGCCUCUUCUAUGGCUCCGGAAUCCUCACUUACGUUAGGCCAACAUCUACCGAGUCGGUGGGCCAUGGGAAAUUUUUCUCCGUGUUUCAUACCCUUGUGGUACCCAUGCUGAACCCCCUCAUUUAUAGCCUGAGGAACAAGGAUGUCCAACUUGCUCUGAAGAGAACCCUGAGGAAGAUCACAGGAUGA